CUUUGCUCUGCUUUGCUUUAAAAAUAUCUAAUUCAGCAAAGACACCUCUUUUAUCUUUUCAACCUGCUUGUCUUUUACAUUCACAUCCACAUUCGCAUUCUCAUUCACAUUCACAAUCACAAUCACAAUCACAAUGAGCGAUGCAGCCACGCAGUCUUUCACACGGUUCUUCCAGCCGCUGCUAACGACAUUCUCCAACCCAAGCGCGCUCGUCUUCCUCGGGAUAUUUGUGUUUUUCGCGCUGCGCAGCUACUUCAGCAACAGCCAACCCCCAGCGUUCUCCAUGGGGUCCGUGCAGCAGCAGGCAGCGAUUCCCGCGCAGAAAGACUACACGCCACACGAGCUCGCCCAGUUCGACGGGCGCGACGAGGGCACGCAGGUUUUGAUGGCGGUGCGUGGUACAGUUUACGAUGUCUCGCGUGGCCGUGGGUUCUAUGGGCCGGGCGGGCCGUAUGCCAAUUUUGCCGGCCGGGAUGCGUCGCGCGGGCUGGCAAAGUCGGACUUUGCAAAGGAGAUGUUGGCGGAUUUGGACGGGCCUAUUGACGCGCUGGAGGGGCUGGAUGCGUCGGAGAUUCAGUGUUUGGAUGAGUGGGAGGGGUUUUUUGCCUCAAAGUACCCGGCCGUUGGCCGACUUGUCGAGCCCAAGGGCGGUGAGGCCGUGGAGGCUGCGGAGGCUGUCGAUGCUGCGGAGGCUGUCGAGGCUGUGGAAAAGAGCAAGAAGGACAAUUACUUUUAUUGCGACUCUCCUGUUGUCCCCCUUUAUUGCUUCUCCCACUUGUUCAUUAUCGAUUGUUUUUCUGUCCUUAACCGCUUCUUUUCUUGGCUUUAUGCUCCAACAAUGUCUGGCCACACUCCUAUCAAGGCUGUGAUAUUUGACAUUGGCGGGGUUGUGGUCCGAUCACCGUUCAUCGCAAUCUCCUCGUUCGAGCGUGAAAACUCACUACCCCCAACUACAUCAACACAAGGCAGCCAAGGCGCAUUCCAAAAAUACGAGCGCGGCGAGCUCGCCCACCAGGACUUUCUCGAUCUCUGGACACGCGAGCUCAAUGACUUUGAGCAAAACAAUUCGGCCUACCUUUCGUACGUCAAGCGGCAUGGCCUCGACCGGCAUUUGGUUCUGCCCACGGUAUCGGGGACAUCGCCGGGUGCGCGGAUAAACGGAUCGGUGUUAUACGCGCGAAUGGUGGAAAUAACCCGGUCGCUUAUUCCAGAGACAAUUGCGCUGAUCCGGUGGCUGCGUUCCGAGGGAUACCGGGUGGGCGCGCUAACCAAUAGCUUUGGGGCGGAGCCUGUGGAUGCGCACGUGCGUGGGCUGUUUGGUUGCUUUGUUGAGUCAGCGGCGGUUGGGAUGAGGAAGCCGGAGGAGGCCAUUUACUUGAUGGCGUGUAAUCUGCUGGAUGUGAGGCCGCGGGAGUGCGUGUUUGUCGAUGAUAUUGCGGCGAAUCUGAAAGCUGCUUCAAGCCUGGGCAUGGCUGUGGUGAGGGUGCGUGUGGGCGCCGAGAUGGCGGCUGUGGAGGCUGUGAAGGCCAUCUUGAACGCGCGUGCGGGCGCCGGUGCCUUUUCAAACGCAGCAAAAAUCUAACAAUGAAAUAAAAAGAUGGCGAUCACCACUUUUUUUCAUUAUCUCCCUCCCUCCCUUUCUCUCUCUCUCUCUCCUUUCUUUUUUCUCUUCAAAUUCGAUUUCAAAUUAUUUCAAUUCACCUUUUACCUUUUAUUUUAUUUUAUUUUUCAGCUUACAUUUCAUUUGGAAUCAUGUUUAGAAUCGCCGCUCGCCGCGCCAGCG